AUGUUUACAGAUUUGUCGGUAUACAUAAUAGUAUCAAUAUUCUGUGUCUUAGCCAUGGCUCUAUUUCUAUUUGGAUUUUUAGGAACAGUAAAACUCAAUUGAAUAAUUAUAUAGAAUUUUUCAAUAAAGCAAGAGGAUGAUUAUUAGAAUUUAAUAAUAGAUUAUGGAAACUUGUAUGAUGAAUAAGAGAUAGGUGAAUAAAAUUGGAAAUAAGAAUUACCUGCUUAUAUGGCAACCUAUUUAUAAACAAUAGAAAUAACAAUGAAAGAAUUGUACUUGAAUCAAUUAAUUAUAACAAUAAUAACAAGUGCAGGUUUUUUGUUGAUUAUAGCAGUAUUUAUAUAGUAAAACUAGUUUAGUCUUGGUUAACUCCUUCAGGAACAUUUUGGGGAUUUUUUAUUAGUUUUUUAUGGGGCACAAUAAUAACAUGCAUCAUAGCAUAUUUGAUAAUUUCAGUUAAAAUAGGUACAUUAUUAAAAAUUCCAUUGAAAGCAAACAUAGGAAAGGUGAUAAUAAUUUUUAUAUUUAGGAAGAUGUUUUAAAAUGGAUAUAUGGAAAUGGAUUUUUUACAGCAUUGUUUAUAGGAGGAAUAAUAACUUUGAAUUCUUUAUUUAUCGUAUUGAUUAUGAAAGCAAUGUCAGUUACAUCAACAAAGCCAGAGAAUUAUGCAAUAAUGAUAAGUGGUUUUCCUUUAGGAAUGCUUAUAUCUGGAAUAUAUUUUAGAGAAGGUAUGUCAGUUACUGGAAGAGGAAUAUAAGCAGCCUGUGAUUUAAUGAUAAAAAAAGAAUAAUUUUUUGGUGAUGUAGGAAAUAAUUUAUCAUAUACUACUAAAAUUGCAGCUGGUAUGUCCUCUUUAUUAGCUGAAGUUAAUUUUUUUGAUUCAAUGUUAGUAUUAUCAUUAUUUGUUUCAAUGCCAUCAAUAGUAUUAGUAAAUUCAGUAGAUUAUCAUUAUUCAGAUAAUUUUAUUGGCAAAAUGUUUGGAAUUUAAUUAGUUUUUAUUAUAAGUUGGGUUGGUUAAUUAUUAAUAUCAUUUUUAAGUCAUAUUCUCAAAAAUGAUGAUGCAGUUGCUUUUACUGCAAAUAAUGUAAGAUGUUAAAUUCUAAUGUCAAUAUUUUUAAGUUUAUGUUUUGUAAUAUUUUCCUUAUUAUCAUUACCAAAAGAAUUCGAAUUUGGAGAUAAAGAUCAUAAAUAAAUAUAUAGAGAAAAAGUUUUAAAUAGAGAUUUUAUGGGAUGUGGUUUUAUUGGAAUUGUUGUUUCAGCUAUUCUCAUUAUAUAUUAUGAAUAUCUAACAAGUCAUGGAUAUUAAGUAGCAUAAAAAGUAGCACUUGUUGCAUACAAAGCACCUACUCUUAAUAUUAUAUAAGCAUAUUCUAUAGGAAAUAUUGGAUAAAUUGUACCAGCUCUUUUAAUUGCUCUUUCACUUUUUAUCUCCUAUAAAUUAGCAUCCUUAGUAGGUAUUCUAGGAUUAUUUUUGGGAUAUAUUUUAAACAUUUAUAUAUUGAUGGGAAUAUCAAUGCUUGGUACUUUAUCUGGAGAUGGACUUAAAAUAUCAUUUUUAGCUUAAUUCACUAAUAAUAUUAAAGAUCGUUUACAUUCCAUAACAUGGGCUGCUAAAAACUAUAUUGUUUGGUUAAAAAUUACAAAUGCAGGUGGUCUUACCAUUGCUGCUAUUUUAAUUAUUGGAACUGCUAUAUACUUUACUAAGACAUUUAUUUUGUUACUAAAUGGUUAUAAUCUUUUUGGUUUCUUAAUUGGAUUUGGAUUAGCUUAUUACAAUAAAGGACUUACAAUCUUUAUUGUUAAGACCAUUUGUGAAGAAGCUGUAAAUAUUUUAUAAUUAAACUUAGUUAUAUGAUGAAAAAUCAUUUCAAUUAAGAAAAAAUAAACCAGAUGAAGAAAUUGCUCUUGAAAAUUUUUCAUAUACUUACUUUCCAUUAAAAAACAGACAAGGAAAUUAUUAUGUACUUGUCAAUUUAUUAUCAGUAUCUUUUUCUAUUAAUAAUAGUGUACAAUAGCUGUUUUAUUUACUGGAAUCAUUUUUGGUCACGGAGCUUCUAUUUCAUUGGCUAUUUCAAACUUAUUCAUUAAUGCUAUAAUGAUGUUCCAAUCCAUACUUACUGGAACAGUCUUAAAAAAUGCUUUCAUCUAUAAUUCAUGUAAACUAUAUAUUUCAUAUAUAGAUGAUUAAUAAUAAUAAGAAACUUCAUAAGUAUUGAGUGUCAAUCUGUAUGGAGAUAUUCAAGGAUAAACUAUUGAAGAAAGUUAAAACAUUUAAAAUCCAUAUUAUAUGAUCUACAUUAUGUUAAUCACUUUAGUUGGUAUUGAAUUAUUCAAGCAUGAUUAUUGA